UCCACAAACUUGCAAAGUUCAUGUAUAAAUAUUAGAACUUGCUUGCCAGUGUCAUGACAGUGCAUAUCUCCCGUAUGUUUUGUGAUCUGAGGUGGAGUUACAGAAAAUAUGAGUUUCGCCUGUUUCUGCAUUUCUCUUUUGUUAAUUAUUCCAUGCCUACGCCUAUGCAAGGCAGCAGAGACGUAUUGUAAUACCGGUUUAAACUUCACUGACGGAAGUAAAUUGGAGCAGAACAGAAAUAUAGUUGUCAAUGAUCUUGUCCAGCACGCACCCUCAUCUGGCAGUUUCAAUUCUAGCGUCUCUGGACAAAGCCCAGAUCAGAUUUACGGCCUUCUUCAAUGCAGAGGAGAUGUCACAGCUGAAGAAUGCUAUGCUUGCUCCCUGGAGAUGAAUUCUACAAUUCGACGACUCUGUGCACAUGCUGCAACUGCAUUUGUUUUCGUUAACGACAAGUGCUACCUGUCCUAUGAUACUUCCAAUUUCAUCGGAAAAUUGGACAACACCACCCAGCUAUACCGUCUAAAUGGCGAGAAUGCCACAGAUCCUGCUGCAUUUAGCUCGGCUCUCAAGGGGCUUUUCUCCAAUUUGUCGGCCAAAGUGGGCGAAUCGCCAAAUAUGUAUGCCUCUGGUUUCACUUCUGAGUACUCUCAGAUUACAAAGAUUUAUGGUCUCAUUCAGUGUAGAAGAGAUAUUUCUGGUGAGGAUUGCAAAGCAUGUUUGGGCAGGGGAAUUGGUGAUCUGUUGAAGGUGACUCAAGGAGGAUAUCGUCUUGGAGGUUUGGGUUGGCUCGGAAGUUGCUUGGUUAUCUAUCAAACUUACCCUUUUUUUGCAGCUUCUACAUCACCACCACCAUCAUCAACAAUUUUACCUUCAUCAAAAGAGUCUUCAAACAAAAUACCCAUAAUUCUGGGUUCUCUUGGCGGCUUCAUAGUCCUCGUGUUAUUGGUAGGAUUGCUGUUUACUUUGCGAAGAAAAUUGAAGACUGCAAAUACACUACAUGGGAAGGAUGGCCCUCAAGGCGGAGAAGACUGGCCAUUUAGUGCGUACCAUCGAAUAAUAUUUAAUUUGGAAACAUUGACAGCUGCAACUAAAGAUUUCCAUGAGGAUAACAAGCUUGGAGAGGGUGGAUUUGGCGCUGUGUACAAGGGUACUAUGCCAGAUGGAACAGAGAUAGCAGUGAAGAAGUUGUCCCUACAAUCUCCGCAAGGGAAGACAGAAUUUGAAAAUGAGGUCAAACUCUUGGCCAGGAUUCAACAUCAAAAUCUUGUGAAUCUUCUUGGAUGUUGCACACAAGGAUCAGAAAGUUUACUUGUUUAUGAAUACUUAGUAAACAAGAGCCUUGACCAAAUACUAUUUGAUCCACAACGGAGUGGAGAGCUAGAUUGGCAGAAGCGUUUCAACAUCAUAGUUGGAGUAGCUCGUGGGCUUUUGUUUUUACACGAUGAUUCACGUCCGCGAAUCAUUCAUCGAGACGUCAAGGCAAGUAAUAUUCUGCUUGACGAACAAAUGAAUCCCAAAAUAGCAGAUUUUGGGAUAGCACGAUUGUUUCUAGAAGAUGAGACUCACGUUAGCACGCGUGUUGCUGGAACAUAUGGUUAUUUGGCACCAGAGUAUGCCAUGCAUGGCCAAUUGUCUGAUAAAGCUGAUGUGUAUAGCUUUGGUGUUUUACUUUUGGAAAUUGUAAGUGGAAGAAAGAAUACAGAUAUUGAAAUUUCUGAUGGAGUCCAGGGACUUCUAGAAUUGGCAUGGGAAUGUUAUAGCAGAGGAAAUAGUGUGGAUGUAAUUGAUAAAGGUAUAGUUGAGGAUUGUCCUACAGAGGAAUGUUUCAAAUGCAUUCAUGUUGGCCUGCUUUGUAUACAAGAAGAGGCAUCACUUCGCCCAUCAAUGUUUACUGUUUACUCAAUGCUUUCAAAAUUUUCUUUCACCAACUUACCAAAUCCUACAAAGCCAUCAUUUGUAAGCGUUAAACAUAAUGGAGAAACAUGCAGCAUCUAG